AUGACAAGAUUUAUAGGUUGUAUUGAUUUGCAUAAUGGUGAAGUAAAGCAAAUUGUCGGAGGUACCUUAACAGAAACAAACAAAAAAACAGAAUCAGACACCUUGAAAACCAACUUUGUAUCACAAUAUCCAUCAUCUCAUUAUGCUAAAUUGUAUAAAACCCAUAACGUUACCGGUAGUCAUGUAAUUAAAUUGGGCCCCAACAAUGAUACAGCAGCAUUAGAAGCCCUAAAGGAGGCACCAAAUUUCCUACAAGUGGGGGGUGGUAUUAAUGAUACCAAUUGCUUGGAGUGGCUAGUAUACGCUAGUAAAGUCAUUGUUACUAGUUGGCUUUUCGAUAAAGAUGGAUCAUUUCAAAUGGAUAGAUUAAAGAAGAUUUCACAAAUAUGCGGUAAAGAUCGUUUAGUGAUUGAUUUGAGUUGUAGAAGGACACCGUCUAAUAAGUGGGUUGUCGCUAUGAAUAAAUGGCAAACAUUAACUAAUUUAGAAUUGAAUGAAGAGGUUUUCAAAUUGUUGAGUGAAUAUUCUGACGAAUUUUUGAUUCAUGCAGCAGAUGUGGAAGGUCUAUGUAAGGGUAUCGAUGAAGAACUCGUUACUAAGCUAUACGAGUGGACGAAAGAUAUUAAACAUUCAGAAUCUAUAAAGAUUGUCUACGCUGGUGGUGCAAAAAGUGUCACGGAUUUGAAUCUUGUGGAGAAAUUAAGUAAUGCUAAAGUUGAUUUAACUUAUGGGAGCUCGUUGGACAUAUUCGGAGGAAAGUUAGUAAAAUUUGCUGAUUGUUGUCAGUGGAAUGAAGAACACUAG